AUGGUACUACGCCAUGGCGGAGUUAAAUCGCAAAGCUUCCUUGAUAGACCCUGGAGGCGAGGAGGAGAGCUCCUUGCAGAGUUUUCAGAUGCUAUCGUGGUCAAAGACUUUGAAAACGGGCCGUUUGUUAUUAACCAUAACGACCUAACCAUCCAAAACGUCACAUUUGACAUGUUGACGAGGAGUUUAACAUCACUGGUGUUCUCGACUUCCCUGGCGGCGCCGUUGUUUCCUUGGCUAUUUAUCACCGAACGCGAUUCAUACUUCAGACACUACUCGGACGAGAAUGUCGUUUUCAAUAUCAGUUUUGAGAUCUACUGGCUCGGGAGUUGUUGA